GAGCUAAGCUAAACACAGCAGCCCUGAGUCGUGUCCUUUCCCUUUCUGUGAUCACCUGAAGAGAUCUUUCAACUCAAGCAUUUGCGAUUCAUCUUCUUCUUCUCUGUUCUUUGAUUCCAUAGGGAGGGGAGGAAAACAAGAAUGGCGUUUGCUAAAAUGUUUUUUCUUUUCAGCAAAUUUCAGCAGGGUGUUGGUGUUCUAGCAAAGAGUACCACUUUCGCCAAGAGUCCACGGCAACUUCAAUACGAAGCCGACAUUAACAAGCUUUUUAUGUUUACAAGUUACAAUCGUUUGGGACGAGAUGCUGAGGAGGCUGAUGCAGAAGAGAUCAUUGAGAUGGCUGGUAAAGCCACUUUAUCUGAGCAGCAGAAGCAAGUGCAAGAGAACAUUCACUACCAACUCGAAAACUUUUGUGCUUCCAUGGACGAGAUUCUUCUUCUUGAUAACGACAGAACAGAGGAACUAAAAGCUGAUAAUGUUCCAACUGCAGACAAGCCAUUGGUUCCUGAGACAAAGCCGCUUAAACUGGCCCAAGUCUCGAAGCUAUUAAAGGAUCGAAUUGGGUACACACUCGAGGUCAAACCAUCUUUAAUACCUCACAAAGACGCUGGUCAAGGUUGUUUCAUAGAAGGUGAAGCAGAUGUGGGAGCUCUCUUAGCCUUCUACCCCGGUGUGAUUUAUCCUCCCGGUUAUCCAAAUGUUGAUGCACAGAACUCAUAUCUGAUCACUAGGUAUGAUGGGGUGGUGAUAAAUGCUCAGCCUUGGGGUCGUGGAGGAGAAUCACGGCAAUUAUGGAACGGCUCUUUCACAACGCCUGAGGUUAGAACAGAUGCUAAUGUGGAAGAGGUUCUUGAAAUGAGAAACCCGUUGGCUUUUGGUCAUUUCUUGAAUCAUCCGGGUAAAGAUAUGGAUCCUAAUGUCAUGGUUUGCCCGUAUGACUUCCCUUUGUCAGAGAUGAGGAUGCGAACUUACAUUCCAAAUGUAGCUUUAGGUGAUGCUCCUGUACUGAAGACGCUUGUUCUAGUGGCUACAAGAGCGUUGUGCAAUGAAGAACUGAUGCUGAAUUACAGACUGAGUAACUCCGAGAGAAGACCAGAGUGGUAUACUCCGGUUGAUGAAGAGGAAGAUGGACGGAGAUGUAACUAAAGUCUUCAGUUUUUUUCUUUCUUUUGUUACUCUAGUUUCUUGGGAAUGUUUCAUAGUAGGAUGAAAAAGUUACAAUUGCAAGAAUAAUUUUAUCUAAAGACAAGAAUACAAUCGAUAAAACAUUGUUA